UUCUCCUUUCCAAGUUCCAUAUCUGAGCCAUCCCUGGAUUUAAAUCCUAGCCGCAAUGCCUGUUGAUUACACUGGAACGUGGGUGAUGGUAUCCAAUGACAACUUCGAAGGUUACAUGGUUGCUUUAGGCAUUGGCCUUGCUACGAGAAAGAUUGCAAACCACCUGACACAAACGAAAGAAAUUAUUCAAGAGGGAAACCAUUUCAAGACGAAAACGCUGAGCACUUUCAGGAACUAUGAAGUGAAUUACACCGUAGGAGAGGAAUUUGAAGAGCACACCAAGGGGCUUGAUGACCGUGUGGUGAAGACACUGGUGACCUGGGAUGGUGAUAAACUAAUCUGUGUCCAGAAAGGCGAAAAGAAUAACAGAGGCUGGAAACACUGGAUUGAAGGGGACAAUUUGCAUCUGGAGCUGACAUGCGAAGACCAGGUGUGCCGUCAAGUCUUUAAGAAGAAGAAUUAAAUGGAUCUGAAUCCCAUCCAGCUGCACACUGCGUAAUUAUUAUAUUCUAUGCUGAAUUAAAUAAAUAAAACCUUGACACUGCCAGAGA